GUCCCAGAAGAUGAAGUUUGGGAGCCGUCUCUGCACGCUGAAUGUGGGCGGCCGCCGGUUCUUCUUCCCGGCGGAGCUAAUGAAGCGGCUUCCUCUCAGCAGGCUCAGCCGGCUGCAGCGCUGCGUGUCCGAGAGCGAGCUGCUGGAGCUCUGCGACGACUACGACCGCGACAACAACGAGUUUUUCUUUGACCGCCACUCGGAGGCCUUCAGCUUCAUCAUGCUGUACGUGCAACACGGGAAGCUGCGCUUCGUGCCGCACAUGUGCGAGCUGUCCUUCUACAACGAGAUGCUGUACUGGGGUCUGGAGAGCGCCGACCUGCAGCCGUGCUGCCAGCGCCGCCUCGACCACCGCAUGUCCGAGUCCUUCGUCCACUUCUUCCCCGAGGAGCCGCCCCCCCGCGGCCCCUGGGAGGAGCCGCGAGGCCCUGAGGGGGCGCGGAGACGCUGGCUGGAGACGGUACGGAGGACGUUCGAGGAGCCAACGUCCUCGCUCCUGGCUCAGAUCCUCGCCUCGGUGUCCAUGCUGUUUGUGGUCAUCUCCAUGGUGAUGCUGUGUGCCAGCACCUUGCCGGACUGGAAGAGUGCCGAGACCCUGGACCAGCACAGGAUCAUUGAGGCGGUGUGCAUUGGUUGGUUCACGACGGAGUGCAUCGUGCGUUUCCUCGUGUCUCGGGAUAAAUGUGAGUUUGUCCGGCGCCCUCUGAACGUCAUCGACCUGCUUGCCAUCACGCCGUACUACAUCUCUGUUGCCGUGACGAUGCUGACAGGGGAGAACUCCACGCUGCAGCGGGCGGGCGUCACGCUGCGCAUCCUGCGCAUCAUGCGCAUCUUCUGGCUCAUCAAGCUGGCUCGCCACUUCCUGGGUCUGCAGACGCUCGGGCUCACGCUGCGCCGCUGCCACCGCCAGAUGGCCACGCUGCUCGUCUUCAUCGGCGUCGCCAUGGCGAUCUUCAGCGCGCCGGCCCAGCUGCUGGAGCACGGCCUGGACCCGGAGGCCGGGAACCAGGCCUACGCCAGCAUCCCCGCCGCCUGCUGGUGGGUCAUCAUCUCCAUGACGACGGUGGGGUACGGGGACAUGUUCCCGGUCACCGUGGCGGGCCGCGUGCUGGGCGGCGUCUGCGUGGUCAGCGGCAUUGUGCUGCUGGCGCUGCCGAUCACCUUCAUCUACCACAGCUUCAUCCAGACCUACAGCGAGCUCACGCUGAGGGCCACACGCCAUCACAGGGCCGCAGCGAGCUCACGCUGA